UAACAUUCAAAAGAUUUCUCUCGGUGAAUGAAAAUAUUAUUGGCAAAAAAGAGAAUUUUAAGAAAGUGUGUGAACUGAUCUAUACCAGUGUGUAUGACCUGUUCAUGAUUCAAAAUUUAAAAAGUUGAAACAAAUUGAAAAAUAUCUUCCAUAAAUAAAUAUUCAAUUGAUCAUGUUAUAUCGAGCAUCUUUACUAACCAAGCCAAAUCUAGGUGUUUGGCGUUGGUCAUUGAAUAGCAAAAAUUCUGCACGAUGCUUUGCAUCGGCCGUACCGAUGAGUCGUUUCGAUAAUGAACAAAUACCUUAUUCGAAAUUGAAUGAAAAUUUAAAAAUUGUUCGUGAUCGAUUACAACGGCCAUUGACAUUAUCGGAAAAAAUCCUAUAUUCCCAUUUGGAUAAUGCACGUGAACAAGAUAUUGAACGUGGUACCAGUUAUUUACGUCUGCGACCAGAUCGUGUUGGCAUGCAAGAUGCAACCGCACAAAUGGCAAUGUUACAAUUUAUAUCCAGUGGUUUAGCCAGGGUUGCUGUUCCCAGUACAAUUCAUUGUGAUCAUUUAAUUGAAGCACAAAAAGGUGGUGUCGAAGAUCUAAAACGCGCCCUCAAUAUCAAUGCCGAAGUAUAUACAUUUCUUAGUUCGGCUUCGGCUAAGUAUGGUGUUGGUUUUUGGAAACCAGGUAGCGGCAUCAUUCAUCAGAUUAUUCUGGAAAAUUAUGCUUUUCCCGGUGUACUGUUGAUCGGUACCGAUAGUCAUACGGUCAAUGGUGGUGGUCUUGGUGGACUUUGUAUUGGUGUUGGUGGUGCCGAUGCUGUCGAUGUAAUGGCCGAUAUACCAUGGGAAUUGAAAUGUCCCAAUGUUAUUGGCAUCAAAUUGACGGGAAAAUUAAGUGGAUGGACCUCUUCGAAGGAUGUUAUAUUGAAAGUAGCCGAUAUUCUUACAGUAAAAGGCGGUACAGGUGCUAUUGUGGAAUAUUUUGGCGAAGGUGUUGAUUCAAUCAGUUGUACUGGCAUGGGUACCAUAUGUAAUAUGGGUGCCGAAAUUGGUGCAACAACAUCAGUUUUCCCUUACAAUUCCCGAAUGUAUGAUUAUCUGGUAUCAACGAAUCGAAAGCCAAUUGCCGAAAUGGCCGAGCAAAAUCGCCAAUCAUUAUUGUCGGCUGAUGCGAAUUGUAAAUAUGAUCAAGUUAUUGAAAUCGAUCUGAAUACCCUCGAACCACACGUGAAUGGUCCAUUUACACCGGAUUUGGCUCAUCCAAUAUCGAAAUUGGGUGAAAAUGCUAAAAAGAAUGGCUAUCCAUUAGAAGUAAAAGUUGGUCUUAUUGGUAGCUGUACAAAUAGUAGCUAUGAAGAUAUGAAUCGAUCAGUCAGUCUAGCCAAACAGGCAUUAAAUCAUGGUUUGAAAAGUAAAGCAAUUUUUACUGUUACACCUGGUUCAGAACAAAUUCGUGCCACCAUUGAACGUGAUGGCCAAGCAAAAGUAUUACGUGAUUUUGGUGGUAUUGUUUUAGCUAAUGCUUGUGGUCCUUGCAUUGGUCAAUGGGAUCGUAAAGAUAUUAAAAAAGGAGAUAAAAACACCAUUGUUUCUUCAUAUAAUCGAAAUUUUACCGGCCGUAAUGAUGCUAAUCCAGCAACACAUGCAUUUGUUGCAUCACCUGAAAUGGUAACAGCUUUAUCGAUUGCCGGUCGUUUGGAUUUUAAUCCAUUAACUGAUGAAUUGACCGGUUCGGAUGGCAAAAAAUUCAAACUCCAACCGCCAAGUGGUGAUGAAUUACCGAAAAGCGGUUUUGAUCCUGGUCAGGACACUUAUCAGGAACCACCAAAAGAUGGUUCCAGUGUUGAGGUUAAAGUUGAUGCAAAAUCCGAUCGAUUACAACUGUUAUCUCCGUUCGAUAAAUGGGAUGGCAAAGAUCUGGAAGAUAUGGUUGUUUUGAUUAAAAUCAAAGGUAAAUGUACUACCGAUCAUAUUAGUAUGGCUGGUCCAUGGCUUAAAUAUCGUGGUCACUUGGAUAAUAUUUCCAAUAACAUGUUUAUCGGGGCCAUCAAUUCGGAAAAUAAUGAAGCCAACAAGGUGAGAAAUUUAGUUACCGGUGAAUGGGGUGCAGUGCCAGAUACGGCCAGAUUCUACAAAUCAAAACAAAUGAAAUGGGUUGCUGUUGGCGAAGAAAAUUAUGGCGAAGGUAGUAGUAGAGAGCAUGCUGCAUUAGAACCAAGACAUCUUGGUGGUCGGGCUAUUAUCGUUAAAAGUUUUGCACGUAUUCAUGAAACAAAUCUUAAAAAGCAAGGUUUAUUACCACUUACAUUUGCCAAUCCAGCUGACUAUGAUAAAAUUCAGCCGGAUAGUAAAAUUUCAUUGGUAGAUUUGAAAAAUCUAGCACCAGGAAAGCCUGUCAAAUGUAUUAUCAAACAAAAAGAUGGCCGCUCUGAUACAAUUCAAUUAAAUCAUACCAUGAAUCAACAACAAAUUGAAUGGUUCAAAGCUGGUAGUGCAUUGAAUCGUAUGGCUGAAUUGUUGAAAAAGUGAAAAUCCAAGUGAAAUCUAAUGGAAUAGUCAUAGAGAUAGAGAAUUUGUAGAAUUUUUUUCUGCUUGUUA